CACUAUAUUAACAGAUAAUUUUAAAGCGAAUUAACUAAUCCCUCAUUUUAUUCUCUCCAGAUAUCCUUCUACAAUCAACUUAUUCAUGGCUCAGUGAGCGACGCCAUUUCCCGUCGCUUCAAAAUGGCGGCGCUCAUGUUUCCGGAACACAUGGCUGAAAUUCGGCAACGCGAAUGAAUUUCACUGGUGCGGCAAUCAUUUCAUAAAUGUAACGUGAGAAAAUAUACAUAGACGCAAUGUCGAAGCUGUACGUCUUGUACGAGCAUGCCGCAGGCUAUGCAUUGUUUAGUGUCAAGCAAUUUGAAGAAGUGGGAAUGCUCCUGCCGCAAGUAGAAGCAUCGGUGACGGAUCUGUCACGGUUUAACGGAGUCGUCAAGCUGAUAGGCUUUUCGCCAUUUAAAACUGCACUUUCGGCUUUAGAAAGUAUUAAUAGCAUCUCUGAAGGCAUCCUUCCGGACGAUUUGAAACUAUUCCUUGACUCGUCGGUCCCAAAGAAUGGCAAAAAAGUAGUUUUAGGCAUAUCGGAUCCAAAACUUGGUGCUAGCAUCACUGAAGCACUCAGUCUAAAAUGUGACCACACAGGAGUCGUUCCCGAGCUCGUUAGAGGGAUUAGAUAUCAUUUCCACAGCCUGGUGAAAGGAUUUACAGCAAAAAGCUCCGCUGUCGCUCAAUUAGGUCUUGGGCACAGCUAUUCGAGAGCAAAAGUAAAGUUCAAUGUCAAUCGUGUCGAUAACAUGAUUAUACAGAGCAUCGCUUUACUAGACCAGUUGGAUAAAGACAUUAACACUUUUAGCAUGCGAAUCCGCGAAUGGUAUAGUUACCACUUCCCUGAGCUGGCUAAGAUCGUUCCUGAGAAUUACUUGUACGCCAAAGUAACGCAGCUUAUAAAAAACCGAAAGGAAUUGACAGAUGAAAAACUGCAGGAUUUGGAAGAGGUCGUCAUGGACAGUGCAAAGGCAGAAGCGAUAUUGGCAGCAUCUAAGUCUUCCAUGGGGAUGGAUAUAAGUCCUGUGGAUUUGAUGAACAUCGAAAUGUUUGCACAAAGAGUAAUAGGCCUAGCUGACUACCGGAAAGAAUUGGCGACGUAUUUAAGAGCAAAGAUGUCAGGCGUUGCUCCAAAUCUAGCCACUCUAAUCGGAGACCAAGUUGGAGCCAGACUUAUUGCCCAUGCAGGCUCGCUUACCAAUUUAGCUAAAUAUCCUGCUUCAACGGUGCAAAUAUUAGGAGCAGAAAAAGCACUUUUCAGGGCGCUAAAGACGAAAGGCAACACACCGAAGUAUGGUUUGCUAUUUCACUCGACUUUCAUUGGCCGAGCUGGCAGCAAAAACAAAGGAAGGAUCUCCAGGUACUUGGCAAACAAAUGCUCGAUUGCCUCGAGAAUAGAUUGCUUCACAGAAACUCCCAAUAAUAUCUUUGGUGAGAAGCUGCGUCAACAGGUAGAAGAUCGUUUGAAGUUCUACGAGACAGGAGACAUUCCCAAGAAAAAUAUAGAAGUCAUGAAAGAAGCUGUCGAUGAGAAUGCUAAGAUCGUAGAGCAGGUAGAAUUGGAGUCUCCAAAGAAAAAGAAGAAGGAUAAGAAGAGGAAGAGCGAAGUUUUACAAAAUGGAAACUCCAUUAUAAAUGGCACGCCAGAAAAUGUGACGAUAGAGGCGGAGGAUGUGGAAGAGGCCCCGAAGAAGAAGAAAAAGAAGAAGAAAUCCAAGAAUUUCGAUGACAAAUGAGCAUAAAAUACCUUUUUGCUGACGGAACAUUGCUUGGGUUCUGCCGAGAACCUUUCUGCCACUUUAGGGUGAUAGUGAAAGUGCGGAGACUUGAAACUCUGUUAUAUAUCACUAAUUCAAUUAAUUGAAUCCUUUUUAUAUAAAUUAUAACGGCAUUAUAUAGAGUGGCAGGAAGUGCUCGUACUUUCACUAUGAAUAGGUUAACUACGCAAGUUAGUGUGUAGAAUAUUAUUGCAUAGAGUGCAGUCUACGAUCAUAAAACAUGCAGAGCGAUAUGUCCUUCGGUAUGAACAUAUCGUUUAAGGUAAUUGAGUGUUACAAUUGUUUAAUAGUUUCGGAACAAUCGUUUUCUGAUAAAGUCACCACGUCGACAGUGGAGAUAUUUUUUACGAAGUUAACUAUGACUCCCUUGUAAUAGUUAUGUAAACAAUUUAACAGUAAGCGUGGAAGCUCGUUAUUUGUAAUUAUUAUUACAUUCUGAAUCGUCUGUUUAUAACUUUCUAGACAAAUAAGACUUCCUGUGAAUUAUUCAUAGAUUACUCAUAUUCAUAGAACUUCCAUUAUCGCUCUUAAUUAAAUGGCUAAACUGACAAAUUUUGCUUCGACCUUGCAAUUAGAAAAACUACAAAACUUGACGAUACUUCCCGGAAGAAGUCACUGACUAAAUUGAAUCCUCUGACCACAUUUAACAACAAAUUGACUUUUACUACUAGCAACAAAUUAGACCAUUUAAUUUCGAGUCUUUCGAUGAAACUAGUUGCAACCAUUUUGCUGCAUUUAAGCAAAGUAUUGAAAUUUCCGACGACCCUCUUCCACAUUAUUCUAAUAAAGUAAGAUAAAUAAGAUGAAACCUUUAAAAACGAAAAAGGCAAAAGAGACUAUUGUACAAGUACAAGACAGCAAACAAUGAAAUAUAUAUAUAUAUAAACUAA